AAUUUUGACACAUAUCAAGAAAGAUUUUCUUGCACCUUACUUUUCUAGCAAGCAUUCCCUACAUUGCUCUCAUUGCCCACAACCGUCUCCUUCUCUUUGCUUCCCUUAAAUUAUUUCCCUUGUUUGCUUUUUUCUUUCUUAUUUCUAAUCAUUUAUGCAGCUUUUUUAACUUGUUCCAAGCACAGUUUGGACUCUAUGCACGGAAAAAAAGUUUAAAUAAAAAUAUAUAUUUUGCAUAGACGAUAAUGUGUGGCAUUUUAAUGCCUCCUGAGUUAACGUUGGACUCCACGCACAGAAGACAGAAGCGUCUCUUCUUUACCCCGCGAAGAUCCCAUUAGACUUUCCAUGAGAGAGAGAGAGAGAGAGAGAGAGAGGGAGACUGGCGUUGCAAGUGGACUUCAAAGAACAUAUUUCUUGGGGCUUAAGUAAUUGCUCCGCAUGGGGAAUGUGGGUGUCCAUUUAAUAGUUCCAAUUCACUGAUUAAGUAAUUUGAUAUUGGUUCUUAAGAUUAUACAGCAAUCUGGGUGUCUAUUCAAUUCUUCCAAAUAGUUCUUCUCUCUGCUUGAGCCAUUCUCACAGAGCAGAUGAUCCCACCUUCAGUCCUCUGUGAUUUGAGUGCUUGUCAUUCCUACUAUUUUUUCCCCAACUCAAAAUGCAGUUCUGUGUGAAGUGAAGGGUUUGUUUCAAUCCCUGGCACAGCACUCUCUGAGACUGCAAUUUCAUUUUGUUGUAUGAAAUGGAAAAAACAAUAAGAGUUUUUGGAUUUCCUUCUAAUGAGUCUGCUGAAGUUGUUAAAGAUUUUCUGGAAAGAUAUACUGGUGAGAACACCGUUUAUGCCCUUGUGAUUAAGCAACCCUUCAGUGGAGGACCAAGAGCAGUUACUGUGGUACAAUUUACGACUUCUAGAAAUGCUCAAACUGUAAUCACCUUGGUCAAACAGUCCCUCUGUUAUAAGGGUUUCUUUCUGAAGGACUGCAGACCAGAACAUGAUAUUGUACAAAAACCAAGGACCAGAAUUCUUAGCGUGAAACAAACAACUAUUCGUUUUGGCUGCCAGAUUUCACAUGAGAAGUUUUAUGUUCUCUGGAAAGCAGUGAAUGUGGUUGCAGACUUUGAGUCUGAUCCCAUAAAAUUGAACUUUUUUUUCUCUCAUCACCAUGCGGAAUACAAGCUUGAGCUGUCCCGCAAUAGCAUUUGGCAGUUACAACUACGGCGCCCUGGCAGUGGAGGUACAAAAUUUCUUCUGAUUCAGGUAUUUGGUGCCCCUCAUAUAUAUGAGAAAUAUAGGUCCUCUGCAGCAAAUAUAUCCCAAAACCCCAAAUCAAGCUAUUUUAUGGAUAAUGCAGAUUAUGAGUGGGUGAGAGCAACUGAUUUCACUCCAUCAUGUUGCAUUGGGCAAGCUUCUGCUAUUUGUUUGGAGCUUCCAUACAAUUGUGGACUCCCAGACUUCUAUAAGAAAUUUCUUGAUUUUAAAGAUUGUGAAGGUAGAUUCAUCAUGGAGAACGGUGCUAGUUUUUCUCACACUUUGGAUUUGGUCCCUAUUGUCAGCCCUCCUGAAGGAGUUGACUUGCCCUUCAAGAUCUUAUUUAAGGUUUGUGCCCUGGUACAAAACGGGUGCGUUCCAGGGCCAAUACUUGAUGCUGAUUUUUUCAGGCUGGUUGAUCCUCAGAGAAUACCUAUUGCCUCCAUUGAACAUGCAUUGGAAAAGUUGUAUAAUAUCAAGUAUGGCUGCUAUGAGCCUGUCAAGUGGCUCAAUGAGCAUUACAUGAGACACAGUACAUCGCCUAAUCAUUCUCAGCUGCCUCCUGUUUCCUUGGAUUCUGGUUUGGUCUAUGUUCACAAAGUCCAAAUUACUCCUACAAAAGUAUACUUUUGUGGUCCAGAGGUUAGUGUUUCCAAUCGCGUAUUGCGUAAUUAUCCUGACGAUAUUGAUAAUUUUAUACGUAUUUCCUUUGUUGAUGAGGACACGAAUAAAUUGCAUUCAUCAAAUUUAUCUCCACGCUUAUCUUCAGCGAAUGAUAAAAGUUAUACUAGAGUUUAUUACAGAAUACUUUCCAUCUUGAAAAAUGGAAUCACUAUUGGUGAUAAAAAGUUUGAUUUCCUAGCAUAUGCAUCAAGCCAAUUGCGAGAAAAUUCGGCAUGGAUGUUUUGUUCAAGAGAUGGACUUACUGCUGCUGAUAUUAGAGAGUGGAUGGGCGACUUUCAUGAGAUACGUAAUGUGCCAAAGUAUGGAGCUAGACUUGGACAAUCUUUCAGUUCCUCGAAAGAAACAUUAGUUGUUGACGAACAUGAGGUUGAAAUUAUUCCUGAUGUUAAAGUUGAAACAGGAGGAGUGGAAUAUGUUUUUUCUGAUGGUAUUGGGAAAAUAUCUGCUGAAUUUGCAGAGAAAGUAGCAAUAAAAUGCGGCUUUGAUGGCAUUCCAUCUGCGUUCCAAAUAAGAUAUGGCGGUUAUAAAGGCGUAGUGGCUGUUGAUCCUACAUCAACGAUGAAUUUGUCUUUGAGAGAUAGCAUGUGCAAGUACCAGUCUAAACUUAAAAGCCUAGAUGUUUUAGCUCGGAGCAAGUUUCAACCCUGUUUCCUAAACCGUCAAGUUAUCACUCUAUUGUCAACCCUUGGUGUGGAUGAUGAUGUCUUCGAGAGAAAACAAGAGGCAGCUUUAGAUCAAUUGGACACCAUUUUAACAGAUCCAUUAGGUGCACAGGAAGCAUUGGCCAUCAUGUCCCAGGGAGAGACCACCAACCUUCUCAAGGAAAUGCUCAAAUGUGGUUACAAACCAGAUGUUGAACCCUUCCUUUCAAUGAUGCUGAAGGCAUUUCGAGCAUCCAAACUGUUCGAAAUGAAGACUAAAACAAGAAUAUUCAUUCCUGAUGCAAGGCAGUUGAUGGGAUGUCUUGAUGAAACUAGAACCUUGGAAUAUGGGCAGGUAUUUGUGCAAGUGUCUAAUAUCAACCCUUUUCGGUUACAAGGGGCUUCCUUUUUGCUUAUAUUAGGUAGAAACAAAUCAAACCACCAAAGAUUUGUCGUAUGUGGGAAAGUAAUUGUUGCUAAAAACCCCUGCCUCCACCCUGGUGAUGUCCGUGUCUUGUCUGCUGUUGAUGUCCCAGCUUUGCACCAUAUGGUGGAUUGCGUUGUUUUUCCACAGAAAGGAAAACGGCCUCACCCAAAUGAAUGUUCAGGCAGUGAUUUGGAUGGAGAUUUUUACUUUGUCAGCUGGGAUCCAGAACUUAUUCCCCCUCGCCAGGUCAAACCCAUGGAUUAUACUCCACCAAAACCUAUCAUAUUGGAUCAUGUGGUUACGAUUGAGGAAGUUGAGGAAUACUUUGUAGACUACAUGGUCAAUGAUUGCUUAGGAAUCAUUUCCAAUGCCCACCUUGCUUUUGCUGAUAAGGAAUAUAACAAAGCAGAGAGUAAUGUUUGUCAAGAGCUUGCAAGGCUCCACUCAAUUGCUGUUGACUUUGCAAAGACUGGUGUCCCAGCUAGAAUCCCCCCGCAUCUACAGGCCAAAGAGUUUCCAGAUUUCAUGGAAAAGUUUGACAAGCCAAUGUACAAAUCAAAGCGCGUGAUUGGGAAGCUAUUUCAAGAGGUGAAAAACCUUGCUUCCCAAGCAAUGGAAUCCUUCUCAUCAGAAGUGGUGGAGCGAUCAUAUGACUUUGAGAUGGAAGUUGAUGGCUUUAAGGCUUAUGUGGAUGAUGCCUUCCACUGUAAAAUGGAAUAUGAUACCAAAUUAUGGGGCAUCAUGGACUAUUUCAAGAUCAAAACUGAAGCUGAAGUAAUUAGCGGGUACAUGUCAAAUUCAUUUAAGAAGUAUAUGGAUGUGGAGGCUGUGGAUUUGGCAGUGAAGUCUUUAAAGAAGGAAGUUAGAGCUUGGUUUUCCGAGAAGAGAAGCGAAUCAGGUUCUCAAGCAGCUGGUGAUGAGUAUGCCAAGGCGUCGGCAUGGUAUCAUGUGACAUACCAUCCCAUGUAUUGGGGAUGCUACUACAAACAGGGGAAUAGGAACCACUUCUUGAGUUUCCCAUGGUGCAUAUAUGACAAGUUAAUUUACAUCAAACGGAAUAAAAUUGGUGCCAAAAAAUGGAUGCCCGAAGUUUCAUCUCUGGAGCACCAGUUCAGCAAUGGUGUGAAGUUGAUUUGAGAAGCUGUUUCUUCUUUCUUUUCAUGUGCUUGUGUGUUUUGUUAGUAUGGAGUGAACUUAUUAUCUUUUUUUCUAAGCAUCUAUCUUGUUGGAAGAAAUCAAGAAACUGGGAAACCAGGGCGGCACUACAUGAUUGCGAAUUAGUAAAAGUCUAUGGUUUGAAUAUACCAACAGGCUAAAAUAAAGUAGUCCUAUGCUUUUGGCCCAUGCUGAGAAGCUGCAAAUAGU